GUUUUCGCGUAAGGCACAAUAAGGUAGCUGCGUCGCGAAGCGCAAAGAGCAUCCCAAUUUGAUCUCACUUUUUGCAUUGCGCACCGACGACCGGAACUUGGAUCCCCAGCAGCGAAACGCAUAGGACGAUCUUGGAUUAAUCGACCGCGUUUUCAAGAAACCACCCGUCCGAUACACGCAGAGCUUGCAGGCGUAGACAAACAUUUCUGCUUCACCACGCGAUUCGCUUUCAACGACAACGAAAUGUCACUCUUCGGGCAGGCUAAGCCUGCUGGAGGCAGUAUCUUUGGACAGACGCAGACCGCUCAGACAUCCCAACCACAGCAGGGAGGUGGACUUUUCGGCCAGUCGACUGCCAACCAGCAACCACAACAGCAGCAACAGCAACAGCAACAGCAACAGCAACAGCAACAGCAGCAGCCCCAGCAGAAUGCUUUUGGAAACACCAUGAACCAGUCACAACAGCAGCCGCAGAUGCCUGCGUUAGCACAGUCGCAAGCCCAGCUGGCAAGCUCUUUAUGGGAACCGGGCCAGGAUACACACCACUCCAAAUCGAUUCUCGAUCAGAUGAAGGACGUGACAGACAAAUGGGACCCUGCGAACCCCAGCUGUGUGUUCAAGCACUACUUCUACAACAAAGUCGACCAAUCGCAUGUCCCGUUCUACAAGCCCUCUGCGCACGAAGACCCUCGCGAGUGGGAGGAGGCCCUCCAGAACAAGCCCGCCCCGGGGUACAUGCCGGUUCUCUGUUCGGGUUACGAGUCCCUCGCAGACCGUCUCAAGACUCAGAAGCGCGCCAUCACAGAGUUCAAUACCCGGUUGCAUCAGAUCAAUGCCAGUCUUGGUGCGAUUCUGGAGCGACACGAGCUGCAGACCGAGGUCCGCGCGUUGGCAGCGAAGAGGCGAUCUGCGGCGCUGGCGGAGCGAAGUCUGGCUCUCGCUGCUAAAGUGCAGGUUUUGCGAAACAGGGGCUACGCACUCAGUGCGGAUGAGGAUGAGCUCACGAGGCGGCUGGAGACUCUGGAGAGGGCAGUGCAAGACCCAGCGGUGGGAGCAAGAGAGGAAGAGCUCUGGAGCCGGUUGAUUGUCUUGCGAGGCCAUGCAGAUGCGCUGAUGAGGGAAAAGGAGAAGCCCUCUGCGGAUGGCGCGAACGGGUUGGAUGAGGAAACCGAGGCGCAGGCCAAGAAGGUGCUCGAAGACUACGAGAAGCAACUGCAGCACCUCAAGAAGGAAACCGAGGCUCUGGUGGAGGACUACAUGGCGUGGGAGCAGAGCCGCAACCCGGCAAGGUAGCACGGGCACAUGUCGCGAUAGCUGUAAUCUUUCGGAGUUGGGUCCAGGUUCAGACAUUCACGGCCUGUCGGAGUUUUCGUUUGGAUGAAUGGAUAGACACACGGUUUUGAA